AUGGAUAGAAAGUCUGCUAGAAUAAAAGCAGAGUUACAAAGAUAUGGUUGGAGAGUUUCGAAGAAUUUUAAAUAUAGGAAGGGAAGACCCAUAAAAGUCUAUGACAAAUUGUCUGGUCUUCGCUACGAAAUGGAUUUGGAAACAGCACGUGCCAAUUAUCCAAACAGACUAGAGAGGUUAGAAGAAGAACGUCUUAUGGACAUGCCUUUCGAUGUUAGUGAACCUCAAGUUGAAGGACACGACGACUUUGCCAGAUUCUACUGGAAACAUGACGAACAAUUGCAUCCUUUGAGAAGGAAAAAAGGAAAAGGUGAAGACGCACAUGCUCCCAUGGAAAGAACAAGAUAUGCAUAUGAAAAGUAUCGUGAAGUUAGAAGUCAAAUUACAUCUGGUCGAACCUUUACAGUAAACUUUGACGAAGGAAAGAACAAAGAAGGCUUCAUGGGAGUACUUGCUGCAAUUCAAGACGGAAAUAAG